UUGGUCAUUCACCGUAAAACCGUUAAAUCAUAAACGAGUCCUUUUAAACAGCAAAACAAAUUCUUAUUAAUUGGAAAAAAAAAGAAAACAAUUUGCAACAAUAGAAUAAUUUAUAAAUCGCACAAAAAUGGGUGACAAAUCAUUUACAAAUAAUACUAGUUCUGAUUCAUUAUUAAAUGAAUCAUUGGAAGAAGCCUCAAAUCUUAGAAAUCAAGUGGUUAAAUUAACAAGCAGCAAUGAAGAAUAUCAACAAACAAUUCAUGUUUUACGUCGUGAAUUGGAAUCAACUAAAGCAAUGAAUCAAGAAAUAAAAUAUCUCUAUGAAGAAGCAUCUGCUCAACGAACAGAUUCACUUAAUACUGAAAUUCAAAAAUUAACAAAUAAAUUCAACGAAGAGAGGAAAUAUUUUCAAUCUCGAAUAAAAGAAAUUGAAGAUGAUUUACAUUCUAAAGUGGAUGAAAUUCAAAUUUUGAAAUCAGAAAAUGUGGAUUUGAAAAAACAAGAAAAACUUGUAUUACCAACAAUAGAAGAAGAAACAAUUUAUGAGGAAACAACAGAACAUAAUGAUAGUAAAGUAAAAGAAUUAAUGAAUAUUUUAGAAGACAGGGAUAAUAAUUUUAUUGAAUUAGAAACAAUUAAUAGUAGUCUUCAAAAUCAAGUCUCCAAUUUACAGACAAUAAUAGAGGAUUUCCGAACACGUUUGCAUGAAAAGGAAGAAAUUAUCGAAAAUACUCAAGAAGAACUUGCAAAUUGUCGUAUAGAAUUAAAUUCACUCAAACAGGCUCCUCUUAAUGAUCAUCAAAAAGGAAAUUCAUUGUUUGCCGAAGUGGAGGAUCGUCGACAGAAUAUGAUGGAAAAAAUGAAAUCAAUGCGUGUCAGUCAUAUUCAAAUGCAAAGAUCUUUUCAAGCAAAAGAAAACGAAAUAAAAAGUUUAAAAAUGGAAAAAGCGAAAUUAAUUCGUGAAUAUGAAGAAUCUUGUCUCGAAACCGCAGAUCAGGAAGAAGCUCUUGUCGACGCUUAUAGAAAAAGAAUCCGAGAUUUAGAAAAUGCAUUAAAAGAAGAACAAAAGAAGACCAAAGAAUUUCAAAAGGAGCAAGAAAUGAGUUCCAAUAUGAAUUAUCUGCAAACUCUACUUAAAUCGAAAAAAAAAGAAAUCGAAGAAUUACAAACACAAAUUGAAAACAAUUCAAUUCGCACUUUACUUAAAGAGGAAUUUUCCUAUAAAAUUAAAAAUCGAUUGCGUUAUUGGAAAUACUCGGCAUUGUCCUUAGAGGCUAAUCUCUCAGAGAUAAAGAAUCGAUGUCAAGAAAAUCUAAAUCAUUCAACGAGCGGAAUUCAAGAAAUAUUAAAAACUAAAAAGAACCAAAAAAGUUUAAAAGUGGAUGAUGAAUUUGAAGAUGAACCAGAAUCAAGUUUACAGAGAGAAUUAAUCGACGAGACAAAUUUCACAUUAGAGAAUUUAAUACAAUCAAUACAAUCAAUUAAUAAUCUAACAGAAAUGUCUCUUACAGAUGCCACAAAUGAUUCAUGUAUUGAUUUAGAUUCAACCGUUAUUCUCAAUUCUAAUAAGGAAAAAUCGAAUACAAUUUCUAAAACAUUAAAUUUCACUAAAGAUAUGUCAAUAACACAACCAAUUGAUCGUGAUGAUAUACAAAGUAUGAGUAAAAUAUCUAAAACAUUAAAUUACACAGAGGAUAUGUCAAUAACACAACCAAUUGAUACAUCAAAUUUAAAAAUCGAAAUCAACGAUGAUAUAGAAGAUUUUCAACCAGUUUCCACAAGUUCUUCUUUAGAUAAUAUUCAACAAAAAAUGAAUCAUAUUUCAUUGGCAAAUAAAGAAUCAAAUAAGGAAAAUAUUCAGAAUAUUGUUGGAAAUUCGACAAUUUUAAAAUCAGCAUUAUCAAAAUCAAUGAAAUAUUCAAAAGAACCAAAGGAAAAAAAAGUUUUACAAUUUUCAGAUGAUACUCGUGAACCGCAAUCGAGUUAUGUACGUCAAUUAAAAGCAAAGCAAAUGAAUUAUCCGAUUGUUUACAUUUCCAGUGAUUCACAUAAGUAAUUUUAGAAUUUUCAUGAAUAAUUAAUAUAUGUUGUACAAAACUGUUAAGAUAUUUAUAAUUAAUCUUAAGAUUUUAGAAACUAAAUUUUCACUUAUUUCACUUGAUAUUUUAAUAUUAUGUACGUUAAUAAAAAAAAAAAAUACUUUUUUAA